GCCACGAAACUCUGCUGAUUUUGUACUUUGGAGUCUCGAGAGUAACGUACUUGGUAGCGACUGUUAGCGACUGACAAACGGUGUUAUCAUGGGACUGCUUUCUAGACUAAAAAAAGCGACUGGUUUGGAGAGUGUACGAGAACCCUGUGUACACCCCAAAGACUCCCCCAUCAUGACGGAGAACCGUCAACCGGCGCCGGUUGGUGCUCUUGAGACCGAUGUAGGGAGAAAGAUGAAGAGCUUCUGGAAGUGGGCCGCUCUUCACUUUGUUUCCCGCAGAAAGGGAACAUAUGACCUGGCCAAAGCUGAGGAGAAAUACGGGAUAGAGGCAGAAACACAGUGGAGAGAUAACGAUGAUCCAGCUCCUGGAGACCUCCUUGAUGCUGAAGAACAGCAGAAACACAGCGUCCUGGACAAGAACCAGAGUGAACUCUGUGUACAUCCUAAAGACGGCCCCAUCACGUCAGAGAGCCGUCAUCCUCCUCUGUCUGUUAGUGCUGCUGAGAUUGAUGAAGGGAGAGAGGAGGAGGAGAAGAAGAAGAAGAAGAGCUUCUGGAAGUGGGCCACUCAUCACUUUCCUUGCAGUGGAGCUGGAAGAUAUAAUCUGUCCGAAGCCGAGGAGAAAUGCUGGAAAGAGGCGGGAACACAGUGGAGAGAUAGCGAUGAUCCAACUCCUGAAGACCUCCUUGCUGCUAAGGAACAGCAGGAACACAGCGUCCUGGACAAGAGCCGUAUUUGCAGGCAAUAUAAAAUCGGCUGCAAGCUGGGUGAAGGAGGGUUUGGCUUUGUGUAUGAAGGGACCCGCCGCAAGGAUGGACUUCAGGUGGCUAUAAAGUUUUCAAAUAAGAUGCCAACCACGACAUCUAUCAGAGUGCCUGGUCAUCUCAAACGUCUGCCAAUGGAGAUUGGCCUGAUGCUCAUGGCCAACAAUGGACCCAGCGUUUCCCAGAUCAUUAAGCUGCUUGACUGGGAGGAUGACAAAGAUCACUACGUGAUAGUCAUGGAGCGACCAGUGCCUUGUGUGGAUUUGUUUAGUUUUUUGAAACUCUGUGGAGGAAGCCUUGAUGAGGGCAAGGCACGAUGUAUUAUGUUGCAAGUCAUUGAAGCCGCUAAAACUUGCUGUGAUCGUGGCGUCUUCCAUCAUGACAUAAAACUACAAAACCUUCUGGUGAACCAGGACACCAUGGAGGUCAAAUUAAUUGACUUCGGGUGUGGUGCAGUCAUGAAGAAAUCUGCCUUCAAAUCCUUUAGUGGCACGAGAACGUACUGUCCACCUGAGUUCGAAGCCAAAGGCAUGUGCCAUGCAAAGCCGACCACAGUGUGGACUCUUGGGAUUCUUCUGUUCGUAAUGGUGUGCGGCCAUUUUCCCACAUACCUCGAUGUGAGCUUGAUCAGUCAGAAAAGCUGGAUCAGGCUCAUCCUGACACAUGAAUGCUGCCAGAUGAUUUGUGAUUGUCUGCAUCAGGAUCCACAGAAGAGACUCAGUCUGGACGAGAUGCAUCUCCACGACUGGUUUAAGUACACGAAGUAAAACACAAAGAACCUCAGAAAACAACUCCUGUCAUGGCCACCCUGUUGUUCUCAGGCAGCUUUGCGUCUGGCGGACUGACCAUCAUAUAUAUUUAAAAAAUGAAAAAGAAAACCUGUAAUAAAAUUUAUAAGAUCUUUAUAAGGAAAUGUAUAAGGAGUUUAGUUAGAAGACGCAUGUGACGAGGGGGGCGUGGUUCAGCAAAGUCUGCAGUGGGAGAGAAGGUCCGGAGACGAGAGGUGAGUAAGUGGGGUAAGUGUAAAAUGAUGAACACCUGUGUCUUAUUGCAGUAAUUCGCCUGGACCUGGAGAGACCUGUUAAAAGAGAGGCUGGAAAAUAUGGUGAGAGAGAGAGACGGACGGAGACUCUGACACUGCUCUUCUCAGAAUUAAAAUUGGGCCUUUAAUGGUUUUUUGUGAAGUUUAUGAAUAAAAAUUAACAGCGUCACCAACGCCAACCCUGGUCACUUCCCUUUUCCCACUAUGAACUUUUGAUAUAUUUUUUUUUAAUUUGUAUUAUUUAUAUUGUGCUGUUCCCUUGUAGAAGUUCAUAGUA